AUGUUGCCCGGCUCGAGUCUCCAGGAGAAUUUUGAGUGCAUCUGUAGCAAUUACGGAUUUGGCAGGCCGCACCCAGUUUCCAGGUCGACGUGGUACCAACAUCUUCAAGAGGCUGGUUCGGAGGAGGAGAGACAGAAAAUUCGACUUCAUAAAGAAGGUGGGCAACAUGCUGAUCAGAACACUUCCUCUGGUUCCCAGCUUCCUCUUGGCGCCUGCCGUGCUGCUACAAUCAGAGUACUCGCAAAACGAGCUCAAGAGAAUAGCAACAAUGAUCGUAUUGGACGGCGAAAACGGGCGAAAACCCCGCUAGUGGAGCCACUGCAGCCUGGCCAACAAGGAGGAAACGCUGAUGCGGACAUUAACUAUAAUUUUGAUGACAAAAACAAUAUGCCAUCACCUAUGCGAGAGCUGUCUCCUCCCCAUGACCCGACUCCUCCUCGUAUCCCAUCUCCUCCUCAUGACCUGACUCCUCCCCAUGACCCGACUCCUCCUCAUGGCCCAUCUCCUCCUCUUAGCCCAUCUUCUCCUCGAGGCCCGUCUCCUUCUCGUGGCCCAUCUCCUCCUCGUGGCCCGUCUCCUCCUCGUAACCCAUCUCCUCCUCUUGGCCCGUCUCCUCCUCGUGAUAUCGAGUUUGAACGGAGGAAAAGGCCUGACAUUGAUCUUGAGGUGCUUGCACAGAGUGCGGUUCUCCCAAAAAUCAAGGAUGCAAUGGGGUUUGUACUUAGCUUGCGGAGGGCAUCUCUAACGGACUUGCUUGCACGACUGUGUGAAGACGCACUCACGAGACUUCGUAAUCCGCCACAAUCUCCAAUUGACAUCGACCAUCCUGGUGUUCGGCACAGCAUCUCUAUGUACUUGAAAUGUCCGGCGGAGUUGUAA